AUGGAGAAAACGUGCCCAAAUUACGAGAACCUGCUUUUGCGACCGAAGACCGAACCUUGGAAAAUAUCCCCACAUGGACUCGCAGGAGACCGAGAUCCCUGCAAGACAAAGGAGGCUCGGGUUAUCAAUUUAGGACAACCCAAGCACACCCCAGCUGAGGCCAGUCAGCGCCCCCAGCCCGCAGACCCUGGAACACACGACCGUAUCGGAGGGCUUCGUACGAAGAGAGCCCAGCCCAUUGCAGGACUAGUAACCAAGGUGCUGGAUGACGAGCCAACAAUGGCUGAGGAUUGGCCUUAA